GCAGGAAACAACCUCUAGGUGUUCUGAAGUGAAUUUGAUGCUGGGGAGAAGAACUGGGUCUGGAAGAAGAACAGAAAGAGAGAAAAUGAACAGACGUGAACUGAUCAGCCUUUUUGUGCUCUUUGCAGGAUUAACAUUAACUACUGCAGAUGGAGAUGAAGUGAAUAAACAUGAAACAUCUAACCUGUACAUCGAUGGUACUACAGUCACCCUGUUCUGUCCAGAAGAGCCUACUAAGUGGAAAAAAGAUGGGGCAGAUUUAGUUGGAACAGACAAAAACUUAACCAUAAGCAACUACAAAGAUGAGAACAAUGGAUUUUAUCAGUGCGGCACAGAAAAAAACAAAUACUAUUUCUACACCAAGCUAAAGGUGUGUGUGGACUGUGUGGACCUGGACAUGGGUUGGGCUACAGCGAUUGUGAUCGGAGAUAUUCUGGUCACUCUGGGGGUCAUCCUCAUAGUCUACCUGUGCGCUAAGAAGAAGGCCGGUCCUGCUCCUCGUCAGAGAGCAACACCAGGCCGUCAGGCAGGCGCUCCUCCUCCUCCAAACCCCGAUUACCAGGUUCUGAAUCCAGCCACACGCAGCAGAGACGUGUACGCUGAGGCAGUACGGAAACACUGAGGACCUGAUGGACGCUCCCAAACAGCGUCUUCAGUGGGGUCACCUGUUUGAAACUCAGGAUCUGUUUAAAGCGUGGUUUAAUACAGUCCCCAACUUCAGCCUAAUGGUUCAGUCAAAAACCUAAUUUACAAGACAUGUUCGGCGUGUGAGGUUUGGAAAUGUGUGUAAAUUAAAUUUUUGGCUGAGCCGGCAGUUUAAACCUUGCUUGAGGUGCUUUGAAAACACCUUUGAUUUAUUUUUUUAAUUUGAAAGUUUGGAAUCACUGUUUUUUAAUUGACAACUGGUAUUAAUAACCAGAAUGCCUUGUAUUUGAACUGUGAUCAAGUCAAACAAAUUUUGAGGCAGAUACAUUAAAACCACAGAUUCCAAAUUGGGUUCUUUUCAGUCGAUGGUUCUUUUUGUAAUCAACUUCUUCUUGUAUUUAGUGGGUGGUUCUUCAAACUUCAUUUACAUGAGAUCUCUGGGUGUGGAGAACCUUUUUAAAUUUUGAAGAACCUCCAUGUAAUGUGAAGGUUCCAUACCAGUUGUAGUUGCUUUUUCGUAAUGAUUUACAUCCAAGCCAAGAACCAUUUAAUAGCCUUUAUUUUAAAGGGCAUUCACUUAUUAUUUAUUGUUUAAUAGCUGUUAUUAACAGAUUAUUAGAUAUCACUGUUGUCGGACCAAAACCUUGUAUCUCCAAAAUAGUAACUUUACAGGAGAAGGAAAAAAUCUACUUUUAAAAACAAAAGGUAUUUUCAAAUUAUUUAAAAAACUGAAAAACAUCAAAAUAUCUGAGAUUUUGUCCCGAGAACAGCGCUAUAUAACCCAUUAACUAACCAUAGUCUUUCCUGUAGAACCCUUCAAGAACCUCCUUUGAAGGCUUUUCUUAAACGAACAAUUCUGGAAUCAAGUUUAUAGCAUCUACACCAUAAAAGUUCAUUUUGAAAACAACAACAGUUAUUAAUCCAACAAGUGAUUCCAAACUUCUGAGCAGUAGUGUAUAUACGGCACUGUUGUACCUUCGGGGUACAACAAUUACCAAAUUCUACUGUUCAGGGCACGUUGUCCUCUUUACAGCUGCCACAGAUUGAGAAUUCAGAUGUAAUAAAUCAGAAAAUAAACACACAGAAUUAGGAGCUAAAUGUUGAGUGAAAUAUAAGUUAACAAAAAGUAGAUUACGCUCCUCACUAAAGUGCUUAAGUAGCCGUAUUAACUUCUUACAUAUUGUUUAAGGCAUUUAGAAAAGUGUAAAUUCUUCAAAAUGUUGUGGAGCUGAAUAGUUGCCAAACUCUUCUUCUUUAUCUCACAUCAUCAAAUAAAAGCUUCGCUCUGUAAAUGUGCUCACAGUUA